UAUAUUCUAAUCGUCCUAUAGAGGUCUUCCCCAACUGCAUUUAUCAUAAUAUCGCCGAAUCUUAGCAGUGCAGGUCGAGGGUGGUUUUGUGCGGUUUUCAGAGGGUCGCAAAAAUCCAAAAGGAAUCGCUGCGUGAACGCAUAGGGGGCAUAGGGAACGGUUAUGGCAUGAGGUUGAAGCGUCUACAUAUGUUGUCAUUCAACCUGCUUACGCAGCGACGGCGGUGAAUCGGUCCGGGGUUUUCCUCUGUUUUUAGUUGGAAGUGACUUUCCACCUCGAAUUCUUUCUUUUUCUUCUUUUUUUUUUUUUUUUUUACAGCGGAAUUGGCCCCCCUUUGCCUGAUACUGGCUUUUCAGAGGCGCACUUCAAGAUACCAGCAUGAAGGACGGAAUGGCAAAUAACAACACAACCAGCAUCUCACAGGCCAGGAAGGCUGUGGAGCAACUGAAGAUGGAAGCCUGCAUGGAUAGAAUAAAGGUGUCGAAGGCGGCGGCGGACUUGAUGGCGUACUGCGACGCCCACAUACGGGAGGACCCCCUCAUCGUGCCCGUCCCCGCCUCCGAGAACCCCUUCCGGGAGAAGAAGCUCUUCUGCACCAUCCUCUGAGAGGCUGCCCCGCCCCGCCCCGACCCUCCUGCUCCCCUGCCCCUACCCUGC